CCCAGCGGAGGCGAGUGUAACGAAAAUAGUAGAGAGAUCACGGAUCAAGUUUCCCAGAAUGCAGUACGGGAUUGAUAUCGCCAUUUUAUGUGUUUGGCUCUGACACUGGUGGAGUGGUGCGUGGGGUGGAAAUCUCGCAGUCUGAACAAUCGCUUGCAAAAUGUUGCUAAAAUACUUUGUACCCGACAUGUGCAAGUAACGAUAACGUAGUGCACGGGUGUCGGGCGUUGGGUGUCGGGAGUGUAACACGGGAUUGUGCCAGGGCCGAAAUGAUUGUGUAGUGGAGAAUAAUUUGUGCGUGCGUGUGUUUUCAUCUAGUGUUGCACACUGGUUUUAACUGCUGUCACGAUAUCUGUUAUUUUGUGCUAUUGAGUUAUUGGUGUUGGCUCAUAUCACGCGCAGCCUCCGGAUUUUAUUUUGGAUAUCUCGUCGACGGUUACGAUGAGUUCCAGAAAUAUUCCCUCCGAUAAGAUAAAUCUACGCCUCAUUCUCGUCAGCGGUAAAACUAAAGAGUUCCUAUUUAGUCCGAGCGAUUCUGCUGGAGACAUAGCUCACCAUGUUUUUGAAAACUGGCCGGAAGACUGGGCGGAAGAAGCAGUCGCGAAGGCAGAAAUUUUACGGCUAAUUUACCAAGGCCGUUUUCUACACAGCAACGUUACUUUAGGUGCUCUUGGCCUCCCCUUCGGUAAAACAAUAGUAAUGCAUCUGGUACCACGCGAAAACCUCCCCGAACCUAAUUCACAAGACCAGAGACAGAAAAGUAAAGGUGGAGGAAGCAGUUGCUGCUCAGCCUCAUGUUGCAUACUUUAAAUAUUGGCUGCCCUGGAUAUGAAGGCUGCUUGAAGCGAGCCACCGUACAUCCAGGCUGGGCCAUGGUUUCUAAGGUUUUAUGCUGAUGUAUAAUUGUUAGUGGCUGAGUUCGCAAGCAGCGUAGUGUAGAAUGGUUAUACAUAACGACUUUUGUUUACAAUGAAAGAACUACUUUGAUUUUCCUAAUGCUAAAGAGACAUAGAACAAUAUAUAUCAAUAUAUAUUUUAGUUGGGUGUAAUUAAUGUUGAUCGAUAAUUUUCAUGGCUACUCGAUCAUAAAUUUUCACACACCGGUAUCUUGUAACUUGUAAACAUUAAGCCAGAGUUGAAGUCGAACUGUAAGUUGUCUCGACAAUGAAUUCUCUCGGUGAUAAGUAACUGUGAAUAAGCAGGAUGAACAAAUAUGGUGACAAGAAGAACAGGAGUUGAUGAUGGCAGUUGAAUUGCUUAUAAACUCAGAGUCCAGGUUUUUAAGUUUAACGAGCUCACACUACUGUGCUUAGAAGCUCAACCACUACCUUACCACCGCAGCGUUAUAAUUAUGUAGAAGGAAUAUGUGUGCAAAUGAAGAUAGGAGUGAUUGUUCAUGUUUGAAUGUUUGAGAAAGGAAUAAAUUUAUGUUGUGAUAUGCAGGUAGUGAAUAUAUUAUAUAUACUAUUAUUAAAAUUAUAUAUUAUAUAUAUUUAUAUAUAUAUAUGUAUGUAUGUAUGAGGAAAAAUAUAUAUACAUAAAUAUAUAUAUAAUACCGUAUGAGACGAGUUGACCUGAAGUUAAACUCUCGUACAAUAGACUUUAUUAUCAUGAAUUUAAAAUAAUAUUAUGACGCCACUUUGAGAGUUUAGUAUCCAGAAGUAAGAUUAUGAGAAAACCUUGGAUCUCUAAUGGUAGUUAUGAUUAAAAUAACAAAAAAAAUCAAAUAUAUUCUCUGUUAGCUCCAGCCCUGACAUCAAACCGUUGGGCCUUUAGCUUUACUCCUAGACCCAAUGACCCAGUGCUACGGGUGCACGCCCAUAAAUAGAUUAAUUAUUAUAGUUAGGUCCAACCAUACCGUAACAAUAUGUUGUAGCCUAUUCUAUACAUACUCUACUAUACUAACUGUACUGUAUUAUGACUCUUACCAAUGCAUAACAAUGUGUAUAUAUAUUGUCUUCUUGUGUAGUAAACUUCAUCAAAAUUUACCAUUAUAACAUCGUUUAAUUUGUUUCGCAUACAUACGAUCAAUUCAACAUGUCAUCCCUUAUUCAAACGCAUAGACACCGAUUAGUACCUGCCCAAUUUAUCUAAAACUACCGCUACUGCACCAUGGUGUAUUGAUUUAUUAGAUCGUCAAUUAUCAAGUUUUUGUCAAAUUCAAUCGAGCCCAAAUUUUUGUAGUAACCUUAUUCUACUACUACGCAGAUUAUAAGAAUAGAACUGGGGAUUCUGAUGCAGCCUAUGCAUCGUACAUUACGUAUUUGUUAAACAACAUUCAUUGAAGAACAAACAAUUCUUAAUUCGAAUACAGUGUGUAACCAAAUUUUAGUCACUAUCCAGUAAGUGUUCUGAUACUCUUUAUAGGAGCUACAGCUGCUCCAACAUUUCUUAUAUCAACAUGUAAGCAUUCCUUUGAACGAUUAAUCAACCCGAAAUUUAUAAAGAUUCGAGGGCUAGUGCAAGCUGAGUACCUUUAAAUGAAAUAUCAUCAACUUGCAGCUUGGGUAUGUGCCUGUUGUAGAGGGUAACGUGUUACACAGAUUCCCCUGAAAUCAUUGUAUUCGAUUUGGUCACAAUCCUUGCCUAGGAAAAUUCGUGAGACUUUGAUUGAUUAACAAAACUCUUAUGAUAGGGUAAUGUGAGCAUAGUCACCACCCUAUGCUUGCAUCAGAUAUUUAUUUAGCUUGAUUAUUCCUUUUUUUUUUUUUUUUUUUUAAUUUUAAUUUAAUCAUAGCUCUUUAGCAAUGAUAUGGAUUGACGCUCAUUAUUUUAUUUAUUCUCUAGAUCGCUGCUCAAAGUGAUCUUUGCCAAUCUUAUAACAGAUAUCUAUGAAUGUAUAUAAUUUUUAUUACCUUACUUAAGCCACAUACGUACAUAAUUUAAUCUCCGACAUUAAAGUAUGACAGCGUUAUUUAAUAUAACACUUGGUGCAAUAGUGAUUGAUUCACAUUUUCAAUGACAUCUUUGGUGGUAACGAUUAUAUUUUUGAAUAAAAAAUAAUUCGAUCUGUGUAUUCGUUGAGAAUGUAAACCUGGCCUCUUAAGAAAGCUGAUAUUUGAGAUAUUAUUUCAAGGUCCCACAAUUUGUUAUCUUUGUUUCUUUACCUUGGAUUGUAAUGGGUGAAACAGAUUUUCUGAUUGCAAUACUGAAAUGGUAUGUGUAUAGAUACUAAAUAAAUGAAUUUAUAUGAAUUUCCCUUCACUUGAACUUAUUUCAGGAUACUUUUGAGUAUUGUACGUCAGCUUAAAAAUUGAGAUAGAUUUACUUAUAUAAUUGUCUGUUCUGGAUGCAAGUAUAAUAACAAUCGUUUAUAUAUUUUGGCAAUUAUUAUUGGUAAAUGGUCGUUGAGCCCACUGCUAGAAUAUUAGACGCAGUUGACUUGGUUUCGUUGGUUCAAAUAUUCAUAGGUAUAACAUGGUAUAACAUAAUAAGGUUUAAGAGAGCAACAAUAUUUGACAUAUAGAGAGCACAGUUUUGCUACUUACUCUGGUUGUAAAAUGUGUUCAUUCAAUUUCAGAGAUGAUGAUUAUUCGAUUUUUUUACCACUAAAUUAAUAUUAUUUAAAAGAAAUAAUAAUCAUGAAAUAGCUUUAGUUGAUUCGUUGUAAAGGAUUUUUCAUUUGGUUCAAUAUUGUUAUAAUAAGGUCGUUCACGAAUUUCUUGAACUGCAUUUUUUCAGGCAUACAUUUUGUGAAUACAAGAAAAUUUGAUUCUUAAUCUAAUUACGUAUAACAACGAUAUUAAAGCUUAAUGUUGGGCUUGAUAUUUUGGAAGCCAUGUGAUUGGGUUGACUAGCAACUGUUGUACGAAAAAAAAAAUUGCGAAAAUAUGAAGACUCAAUAAAUGCUAAUAAUAAAUUAAACCAAACAAUUAUACGUUAUUAGCAAUAUAAGUAAUUGUGAAUUGAAACAAUAUCUGAACUGUGAAUACGAUUUAACAUAAUAGUAAGCUUUAUUCAUUCCGCGCUAUUUGAACUUGUGUCAGUAUGGUGCUUGCGUAGAAUGAUGUCCGGACUUUAGGAUUCUUGUAUUAUAAAUAUUGAACCCUCUCAUUAAUCACACAAUGAGUCAUCUAUGAUUUCUUCAAUUAUUGCCAAUUCAUUUGAUUGUAGUAUCAUAAAAUAAUUUAAUUCAGAUGCGGUUUUUUAUUUUUUGAUGAAAAAUUUUGUGAACGACCUAUUGGUGCCCAAGCAUGCUGAAGAAUCUUGUAAAUAGCUCAACAUUUUUGACAAAAUUGACACAACUACAUAUCAAUUGGAUUUCAAAGCAUUUGAUGCUAAAGAGUACAAAAAUGAAUCGAUAUCUUAAAUAAUUCCGGAUUUUGAUAGGAGGCAGAGAACUUCGAACAAGCGUAUGCCUAGGCUUGCGCCGACUUCGUGAAUCAAGUCAUUUCCUGCAAGUAAUACUGCAUUAAUCUAUUGAGUGCAAACGAUAAUGCAAGCAACGUAAUUCAGUUAGAAUGUUGAUUCAAAUUAUUGAAUAGUAAAUUUUGUACAUUGAUUUUGAGCAUUUAACAAGAUACAAAAUGUACUCAAACACAGAUGAAACAUAUACAGAUUUUAGGAGAGCCUAAUUACAAUAAAACAAUUUCAUUUUUACCUACUUUUGUGAAAAUUUGUAGCGUGGCCUACAUUCUAGCCAUUUUAAGUGCAUACUUAGAUACCAUUAUAUCGCAUGUGUGUAGCAAAAUAAUUAAUGUAUCAUGAAACUAUACAAUACUAACUACUCGAGGCGUAAUUGAAAUACAUGAAAUAAAAAUUGUCCAUGGUGAAAAUAGUUAUUCGAUGAAGAGAUUAUAAAAUAAUGAAUAUUGUAUCAGAUUAUAUGAAUAUAUAUUGUUAGGUGAUUGUGCAUAGGUAUGACUAAUUUUUUCAAAUUAUCUUCUUUGAAAAAGCGUUGAAAAAAAGUAUAAAAUAAAAUACGAUACAAUACGAAAAUUAUUCUGCUUUCAUAUUACAUUAUUUUGUUUAGAAUAAUAUGAAAUCAUUAAUAAUUUCUAAAUAAAUAUGUUCAUUAAUUCCUAAAAUACAUUGUGUUUUAAUGCUACUAGAUUAUAUAUAAUAUUCAUCUGUACAUAGAACAAUUGAAAUUUCCAAUGAUAGUGAAUGUUUUAGAAUCUUUUCAAAGGAACCAUCAAGUAGAACAUAACAAUGAACCAUUUUGUUUCUCAUUAUUUUCAAUUUGGUAAGCAAGGGAAUUCAAUAAGUUGGUUACAAGUAGGCACAGAAGAGGUGAUAGUAAGUUGCGGUAAGCAGAUUAAUGAAACUUCUAAUGCUAAUUUCAUGCACGGUUAACCAUCAUUGUGAAAUGUUAGGUGUCUUCUUGACGGCUGAAAAAUUUGUUUAUCUACUCCCUAGAUUACUGACAGCAAUCAUACUCAUCCAUUCGUACAUGACUUACAAUUUUCCUUUUUAUUCGAAAAUUAAAAAAUUCGAAAUAGUAAUUCCAUCCGGUAUUAGCAAUACCCAAAAUCAGUCGAAAUAUUCAUUUUAAUCCUAAGAUCACCGAUAUGUAGAAUCUAUGAUUUUUCUUAUAAUUAUUGAGUGAAAGUUACUAAGUUAAGCAUGACUUCAUUUGCUUAUUGCAGUAUUGAUGGUGUUGCAUUUCACUGCCGUUGGCUUAGUUGUGUUGAAAUAAGGAUGGAUAAUAUUCUUAAGUUCCAUGUUCUAGGCAUGCUCAUAACGUUUAUCCAAAUGGUUGGCAAUAUGUCAAGCUUUAGAUUUAGUAGAUUAUGGUUUGCAUAACAUGUCUUGAGUGGAUGUCAGCAAGACCUACCAACAUGUAUACUACUUAAUGCACAGGAAAUCAAGAGCUGUUCAGUCAGCAUAAUUAUACACCUUUUCUGUACCUCUUUGCAAUUAACAUCAGCAACUAAUUUCAGCAGAUCUACAAAUUAUGCUUAUGUUACACACCUAAUUUGUAAAUAUUAGAUCAUAUUUUUGUCUUUAAUGUAAAAUCAACGAGGAGCUCUUAGACUAAAGAAAAUAAAGUUGAAAACGUAAUGGGAA